AUGGAAAAGGGACUGAACAUAACCACCGAAUUUACAAGUGGACUUCAAAUUCUAUUUAACAACGUAAAGAAACACAAAGUGGUAUUGCCUGAAACGGAAAAUCCUUGGACACUGGGAUUGCUGCUGUUCUGGAUUAAAGACAAUAUAUUGGUCGACAAAGACAAAUGUGAUUUGUUUUUGAAGGGCAACACUGUGAGGCCAGGCAUCAUUGUAGCUGUUAAUGACCAAGAUUGGGAACUCUUGGGAGAUUUAAAAUAUCAUAUUAAGAAUAAUGACAAUAUUACAUUUAUAUCAACAUUACAUGGUGGUUAA